AUGGAGGCUCCAGACCCGACCGCGAACUCGCCAUCGGCAACACCCGCGAAAUUCUCCCCGGCGCCAUCAGACUCACCUGAAGCCCAGGGGACACUGGAGGGAGACCUCAGGGCCAUACUGCCUACCCUCCUAAUGAAGGUGGAUCUCGAGGCGCUCUCUGACCACCUCAGCCAGGUGAUUCGCGACGUACUGACCCAAGUGAAGGCAGAUAUAACCAGCAUAGACACCAGGCUGAUGGCUACAGAAUCAGAAACAAGGGCCCUCCACAUGGAAGCUGACGCCGUGGCCUCCACGAUCAAAGGCUGUGAAACAAGCCUGGCCCAUAUCACGACAUGGGUCGACGAUCUCGACAACAGGAGACACAGAAUGAACCUCAGGGUGCGAGGGGUGAAAGAGAUGGGCCCCAAUGAAAACAUACCUGAGAUCCUCUGCACAGUUUUCAGCCUCGCCCUGGGGGGACAACAACCCAGAUUAGGUCUAGUACGGGCCCACUGCGCACUACGAGCAACCCCAGCGCCAGGGGAUCAGCCACGCAAUAUCAUCUGCUGCCUAGAUAACUUUAACCUUAAAGAAGACAUCCUACGCAAUGCCCGCCGAAUGGGCAACAUCAGGCUGGACAACCAAGUUGUGACUGUCUACCAAGACCUUUCCCACUACACACUGCUAGCCAAGAAGGCCCUCCGACCGGUAAAUGCGGCACUACAGGCAGCAGGUAUCCCGUACCGCUGGGGAUACCCAUUCUCCCUCUCCGCACACAGGGGACAAGAGCUACACACCAUCAAGACCCCGGCGGAUGUCCAGGGAUUCCAGCACUCCCUGGGACUUCCCCCAGCCCGAGUGCAGAAUUGGCUUACCCACCAAUUUAUACAACAAGCAGCAGGCCCUCUGCCACCACCACCUGAUAGAUCUGCAAGCCGUGACCACACUCAGCGCAGAUACCCAGGGCCACCAGGCCCAACUAGGCCUGAAGAAUGA